AUGUCAUCCACAACCAUGGCGAAGAAGAACAAGGGAAAGAAGGCGGCCGACCCCAACGAGACCUCCAAAUUACUGGCCGCCAAGAUCUCCCAGCUGGAGCAGGAUGCUGUUGGUGAAAAAGAACAAGAAAUGGAAAUUGAGCGUGAGGUUAAGAAAGCGACCCGUGACUUGAACCAGCUUCUCAACACCAUAGAGUCUCCGAUGACUCGUCUCGAAACCGUCAGCAAGAAGUACACCGAGCUUCUGGCAGAUAUGAAAAAGUUGGACCGCGACUAUGCGAAGAGCAAGAAACGAGCCGAUCAAGUUCAGAAGGAUCACGAUAAGAGCAAAUCGGAACUCAGCAAGACCGUCACUAUGAAAGAUAAGUUAGAGAAGUUGUGUCGGGAGUUGACGAAGGAGAACAAGAAAGUAAAGGACGAAAACAAGAAGCUCGAGGAGAACGAGAAUAAAGCUCGUUUAAUGGUCAAUGAACGACUCGAUUCCAUGCUCUACGCUCUUGAGGACAUGAUGGCCUCCAAAGGAAACCCUCGCAGCGAGAUGCUUGAUAUGGAUCUUGGUGAUGCACUCAAGGCAAAGUUGAGGACCUUUACCGAGCAAUUCGAGCUACGUGAAAUCAGUUACAAGAGUCUCAUGACCUACCGAGAGCGGGAGAUUCAAAGUCUGAUGAUCAAGUAUGAGGAACAACGUCGUGCUGCUGAAAGUGAAGCCGCUCGUGGACGAGCCUUGAGCGCGCAGGUCUCUACUUUUUCCCACACGGAAGCAGAACUCCGCAGCCAGCUUAACAUUUACGUGGAGAAAUUCAAGCAGGUCGAAGACACAUUGAACAACAGCAACGAGCUCUUUCUUACGUUCCGCAAAGAAAUGGAAGAAAUGUCCAAGAAGACGAAGCGCCUGGAGAAGGAGAAUCAUACCCUCAACCGAAAGCACGAAUCCACCAACCGCAAUAUCCUUGAAAUGGCUGAGGAACGUACCCGGAACCAGGAGGAACUCGAUCGAUUGCGACGCAAGUGCCAGCACCUCGAAACUCUUUGCCGCCGUAUGCAGGCACAAGGCCGAGGAGAGGGCUUGGUGGAACCUGACCCCCAUAUGGAACAUGAUGACGAAGGUACCGAAAGCGAAUACGACGAUGACUAUGAGGACGAGGAGGAUCUCAGCGAGGAGGGAGAGCUUGACGAACACGAUUCUACCAUUGCUAACGCUUCUGCACCUUCCGAGCGCCCAGUUUUUGGCCCUCCCCCUCCUCCUAGUCUUCUUGAGGCUCGAGCUUCGAAGAACGGCGUGGUGAACGGGUGUCAUUAA